GCUACUCGCGUCCGAUUCCGCCUCCGCUUCUUCGAUGUGAAUAUUAUCUUCUGUCUGCCUGUUAUCGAGUUUCUCGUUCGAUGACAGUUGAUUGUAGUUCUUUCGGGGUGGGCGCGACUCUGUUAACAAGACCAAACGAUAACAAUGGACAAAAAUAAUCCAAGUAUCGCGGUUCUGGGCGCUGGUGUAGUAGGAAUGACAGUAGCUCGAAUAUUGCAGGACAGACUGAGAAAUGUAAACGUGACGGUGCUGGCAGACAAGUUUCAAGAGGACACGGUGAGUGCUGUCGCAGCAGGAAUCUUUCGCCCUGGAACCAGUUUUAAAGGAGCUACGAAGGAAAUUACUAAGCAGUGGAUCAACGACUCUUGGUAUUACUGGCAACAUAUACUCAACACAUCAGAAGCACCACAAGCCGGCGUCAUGGCGCUGUCUACCUACAUAUUCUCAAAAAAUAACUAUCACGUCACAAGAAAUCAUUUAAUAGAAGACUUAGUACCCAGCUAUCGACCUGUAGAUGCUAAUGAGUUGAAACUGUGUGGUGAAGGAUGGAAGCACGGGUCAUACUUUUCCACUGUAAAAAUUGGAUGCGAAAGAUACUUGCCUUGGGCUGAGAGAAUAUUUAUGGAAAAAGGCGGGAAAAUUGUUCAAAAGAAAAUCAAGAAUUUCACAUCACUACCACAGAAGUUCGAUUUAGUUUUCAACUGCACCGGAAUGGGCGCGAAAUAUUUAUGUAAUGAUUAUGAUUUGGUGCCGAUGCGGGGUCAAGUAAUAAAAGCUAGAGCGCCGUGGUUGAAGACGGCAUUCUACGGGGAUUAUGAUACGUAUAUUAUACCUGGGCACGACGGGAUUGCUACUUUAGGCGGGGUGCGGCAGUAUGAUAGUUACAAUAUGGAAGUUUGUAAGCACGACGCUGCCGCUAUAUUUGAGAGGUGUUGUGAGUUAUUGCCGUCAUUGAAAAAGGCGGAAAUUGUGAGUCAUAAAGUAGGGCUGCGACCUCACAGAGUGCCAGUGAGGGUAGAGCCCGAGUUGAUAGACGGUGUGAAGGUAGUUCACUGUUACGGCCAUGGUGGUUACGGUGUGAUGUGCUCCCCGGGGACAGGAUUGCAAGCGGUGAAAAUAGGCGUCGACUUGAUGAAAAGUAAUUUAAAAAAUAAAUUAUAAACAAAAUAUUAUAUUUUGUAAAGAAUUAUUUGAAGACAAGUCUUCCAGUUAAGAUAAUUUCAUUUUCUUAACGAUGUAGUUAAGUAAUUUGUGUUUGUACCUACAUUAGUAAGUUAUCUUUAAAUUGUUAUUGUUUAUUUAUACAGCACUUAUCAUAAAAUAUAAAUAACUGAGUACAAUAAAUGGUAUUUGAUAAUAAUUA